UUAAUAAAUCGGUAAAAUACAUUAUUUUCUACGUAAUAGUAACAAUGUGGCUCAGAACAAAUAUAAAUUAAUGUUUUAGUGAUAUGGGGGAAAUGUUUCUAAAACGGACAGGAGUUUAGUGUCUAUGGGUACAAAUUUACACUAGUCACUCAUCUUACACUACUAUAAAAGUUCUUCGAAACUCAGUCACUUAAACACUUUUUAGUUGUGCUGAAUACGAAGUAAUUAGCCGAAUUUAUCUAAUAUUAUGGUGAAGGACAUUUCAUUUUGGAUGUAAAAUUACAUACCUAUUGGCAAUUAACUUUACUUCCUUACCUGAUAGCUGUAUUUGAAUUCAUAGAUCUAAAUAUUUAGUGCAUUUAUCCAUAAAAAUGAGAUCGUUUGCUAGCAUGAUGGUCUGAGUUAUGGUAAAAAUUAUAUUGAGUACAAAGAACGGUCUUUCCUGUGGAUGAUUCUCGUUAUCUAAUUCCAAAUUUGCCAUAUAUACUGUGUUGGAGAUAACUAAUUCAGUAACCAAUAUUUGGGUAGUUAAUCUCUUCUAUAAAAAAACUUUAGAUUCUUUAUAAGACGUAAUACUUUCCUCUGGAUACGUUGAAAAGAUUAAAUUUUAAAAACAAUUUGAAAAAAAUAUGAAAAUCUUCAGAAUAUGUUCUUGAAACUCAUUGGGUUGUUCGGGGACUGAUCUGCAUUGACAGUGUUGAACAGUGUGAAUCCAUAUUACAUAGCAAUAUUCUUGAUGACUCGAUCUUGAGUUAAAACGUUUAAACAGCUUCCUUAUUGAAGAAAAGUGUUUUUGUUUCCAAAUACAUAUCUCAUUAUAAACACUGUAUUCAUUUUAUUUAUUUAUCCGUUUUCUGAAAAUAGUUAAAAUCAGAUGCAACUGAAAGAUGACUUAAACGAAACAAGUUCUUAGAUAAAUUUUCAAUGCGUACUAAUUUUAUUGAACAAAUUCAUUCCUUUUUAUUUAUGACUUUUUAAUGAUUCCAGACCUGAAUCUUAAAACAUCUUUGGAAGAACUACAAAGGCAGAAGUGCAAAAACUCAGUUCACAAACAAGAAGUCUGUAGUGGUAUAGGUAACAAAAAUGAAGAUAAUGCCGGCAAAGCUUGCAUGAAUCCAAAAGACAGAUUGGAAAAUGAUUUAAACUCUAAGUCUGUUUCAGAAAUCAAUAUGAUUGCCACAUCGCUUUUGGAAAACAAUGGACAAUCGCUAUACAUCCAACAAAAAACAAUCAAGCAAAAUCCAUGCAGUAUGUUGUCUGACUCGGAUACGACAAGAAGUUCUAGUUUUAAAAGCUCGGAACUAGAUGAUUCUGCUCUAAAAAUGUUAAAACAUUUUAAUUCUUUGCAUAACUCAGACUGUUCCGAUAAUGUAAAAUCACUGUCUUCACAAAAACAGACUAAACUUAGUCAUCCGUCAGUAGAACAACCGAAUAUAGAGUCUUCAUUAUCAACAAUAGACCAGAAAAAUAAUGUCGUAUCAUUUCAUUUAGAUCCAUAUAAAUUUCUUCGAUUCACCGUAAAUUCAAAUGAAGCAUUAAUGGUGACAGAAUUAAGACAAAAAUGGCAUGCUUUGUUUCUGCGUCGUUUGAAAAAUCCAGGGAAACAACGUUCACAACAAGAUGAGGCAGUUUUAAAGUGUUUGGUCAAUGUUUUGACCAAUGAAGAAAAGGCACUAGGAUUACGUCAACCAUUCGGUGUUGGGGCACGUCCUCGUCCUAUGACAGUAGAACUUUAUAAUCGGGUUGAUGACGAUCCUAAAGAUAUGAAAGUAAUUAGUGAACAGCCUGUGAGUAAUAGAUAUGGAUCGAUUGUUUUUACCACUGCAGAAAAUAACAUCACUAUUCCUAUAUUUUUAUCAAACACGAGCUCGGUAAAACAAAACAAUUUUAGAUAUAAUUAUUCCUCAAUCACAAAUCCAAAACUAACACAAGUUUUAAGUAGCAAUAAUUUCAACAAACCCCGCGAACAGUAUUCGUUUCAAGCUUACAAAGACGAUAACAACACAAGUGUGUACAAUCCAAUCAAACAAAUAAACAGUUCAAGUACAGAAAUAUGGAAAUAUCAUCUCCCUUCAAAUACAACUGACGACAUUGAUCCCAUGUCAGUCUACCAACCGUGUAAAGUUAAUAUUUCAUUAUCAGAAGGCAAGGACAAUUUAACAAUCAGUGAUAUGAUUAAAAAAUUUUCAGAAACGCAUAUUAACAUUCAAAACUUUAAAUGUGAUUCGUUACCUAAUUUAAAACGAUUGGAUGUAAUGGAAAAUAAAAAACACCAAAGCAGUGAAUACGAAAUUCUAAGAAGUAAAAUACGUCAUCUUCCGACCACAUCUGAAGGUAAAAACAGUCCAGGUACUCUGUAUGGUCCUCAUCCUCUAAAUACUGUAACUAAUCAUUUUGAUGUUACCUAUCCAACUGCUAAUCAUAAUAACAUAACAAUAGGAAAUGAUAUUGUUUUUCGUGACAUCAAUGAUAUAAUCUAUGCAUUAUUAAAUGAUAUAAACAAAAAUUAUAACUGA